CAGGUCAUCUGAUCAGGAAGUAAACAAUGUUUGUUUGGCGCUAAACUUCCUUCCUUGUUGUUUCUCUGAAACUUUCCUCAGCUUUUGGAAAUAUGGCCAGCUUCCAUCAGAAAAUAAAAACAAGCGUAUCGGAAGAAACCAAGAGCAGUCUGACUGAAAAAGAUUUGCAGAAAUGGGGUUUGCAAGGGAUUCAGUUGCGAGCCUAUCAGCUGGACGGAGUGCAGUGGCUCACCCAGUGCCUGGCCAACCAGCAGGGAUGUAUCUUAGGAGAUGAGAUGGGCCUGGGCAAGACCUGCCAGACCAUCUCUCUGCUAUUGUACAUGAGAGGGGCCCUGCGGCAGGACGGGCCGUUCCUGGUCCUCAGCCCACUGUCUGUCAUGGACAACUGGAGGAGCGAGAUGGAAUGCUUAUCCCCCUGUCUCAAGGUGCUGUGUUACUAUGGAGACAAAGACAAGAGAGCAGAACUGCAGAGGGACAUGAACAACACACACUACCAUGUUCUGCUAACUACAUAUGAGCUCUGUAUCAAAGAUGCCUCAUUCCUGAAAAGGAGGAAGUGGAAAGUCUUGGUAGUUGAUGAGGCUCACAGACUGAAGAACCAGAACUCCCUGUUGCACAAAAUCCUGAUGGAGUUCUCUCUGGAUUUCAGAGUGCUGCUGACAGGAACUCCUAUCCAGAACAACCUGACGGAGCUCUACAGCCUCCUAUCGUUCAUCCAGCCCAGUCUCUUCCCCACAGACCAGACCGAGGACUUCACUAGCACUUACAACCAGGUCCAGACACAACCGACUCUGGCCAGUGAUCUCCAGAGAGUGCUGCAGCCCUUCCUGCUGAGGAGGGUGAAGGCUGAGGUAGCAGCUGACCUCCCCAUGAAGACAGAGAUACUGAUGUACCACGGCCUGUCUGCCCUGCAGAAGAGAUAUUAUAAGGCUAUACUCAUGAAGGACCUGUAUGCCUUUGGGAAUGAGCAGGGAAACAAGACCAGACUGCUUAAUAUACUGAUGCAGCUCCGGAAGUGUGUGGACCACCCCUACCUGUUUGAUGGUGUGGAACCAGAGCCGUUUGAGAUGGGGGAGCAUCUGAUCCAGGCUAGUGGAAAACUCUGUCUGCUGGACAGCAUGCUGGCAUACCUGCACCAAGGGGGACAUCACAUCUUGCUGUUCUCCCAGAUGACCAGGAUGCUGGACAUUCUCCAGGACUACAUGGAAUACAGAGGUUACAGAUAUGAGCGUCUGGAUGGCUCAGUCAGGGGGGAAGAGCGUAACCUGGCCAUCAAGAACUUCAGCAGCAAAGACGUCUUUGUCUUUCUACUCAGCACUAAAGCAGGAGGCGUUGGGAUGAACCUAACAGCAGCUGAUACUGUGAUCUUCAUUGACUCUGACUUCAACCCCCAGAAUGACCUGCAGGCUGCCGCUCGCUGCCAUCGGAUUGGUCAGACCAGGGCUGUGAAGGUGAUCCGGCUCCUGGGGAGGGAUACGGUAGAGGAGAUUGUGUACUCCCGGGCAAGUUCUAAGCUCAGCCUUACCAACACAGUGAUAGAAGAGGGGCGUUUCUCUCUGCUUAACCACACCCACUCUGCUGCUGCCGGUCUGCAGCUCAGCGAGAUCCUGAAGUUUGGAUUGGACAAACUGUUGUCGUCAGAUGAGAGCUCCAUCCAGGCUGUGAACAUGGGUCUGAUCCUGGGUCAGUCUAGAGACGGGGAGUGGCUGACUGAUGAAGCCCCCACCCAGACCAAGGACCUGCCCACAGAGCAGGGAGAAUCUGAGGGACAGAACCACAUGUACUACUUUGAAGGGAGGGAUUACUCCCGGGAGGUGAGCUCUGAGGACCAGAGGACCUUCAGUCGUCUCCUGGAGGAAGAGGCAGGAGGAGGAGGAGAGAGACGAGCGACACGACACAACGAUGAAGUGUGUCUGUCCGGGCCCCUGUUGGCCCCCAUGAGGAAGAGGAAGGCCUUGACUGAGACUGACCUGCAAGAGAGGGAGGAGGCUGCAGCUAAGAGGGCCAGAGUACAGGAGGACAAGAGGAAGAGAUUACAGGAGAACAAACACAGGAAGAAGAUGGCAUGGUGGGAGUCCAGUGGGUACAGGUCCCUGUGUUUACCCUCUGUGGAGAGCGAGGAGGAGGAGGAGGCUGAUGACCUCAGUGUGACCUCUACAGAUUCAGAACACUCUGCUAUUAGCUACGUGUUGGGCGAUGUCACACACCCCUACGCCAACCAGGAAGAUGCCAUCAUAGUGCACUGUGUUGAUGACUCUGGCCGGUGGGGUAGAGGUGGUCUCUUCACAGCAUUGGAGAACAGGUCAGAUGCACCAUGUAAACAAUAUGAGCUGGCUGGAAAGAUGAAAGACUUGGAGCUGGGAUCAGUGUUGCUGUUUCCUGUGGAUGAUAAACAGUCCAGACUGGAUGGCCAAGACCAGGUGGCCCUGAUAGUGGCCCAGCAGAGAGCCAGAGACAACAGCCUGUCAGGGAUCCAUCUCUCUGCUCUGGAAGAAGGACUCCAGAAAAUCUACAGGGUCGCCAAGACUAACAAGGCUAGCGUCCACCUCCCCCGUAUCGGCCACUCCACCAGAGGGUUUAACUGGUAUGGAACAGAGAGACUCAUCAGAAAACACCUGGCCUCCAGAGGGAUACACACCUCCAUAUACUACUACGGCAGGUCUGCCGCUACCUCUGCUUUAGGUACAUCCACAACACCCUCCACAGCAUCAGCCUCAACCUCCAAGGCCUCAGCCUCUAGCUCCAAGACCUCAGCAGCAUCCCCCUCCCCAACCUCCGUCUCGGUCUCCCCCUCUCCUCCACACUCCCCCCCAGUGCCACAGUAUCCUGGCCCUGACUCAGACAGGGAGAGUGAGGAAGGAGAGACAGCCAAUCAGAGCAGCAGGACCCCCAGCCCCUCUGGACCUGCUCUGCCUGACUUCAUGAGAGGAGUUCAUGUGUUCUUCUACAACCUGACAGCCUCAGACAGGAAGAGACUGGCCCGCUAUCUCAUCACAUAUGAAGGAGAUGAGGAGGAGAUCAUGAGUUCAGAGGUCACACACAUUGUAACAGAGCUGGAGAGUCCUGUCCAAUCACAGGAGCUCCAGGAGCUGAUUGGUCAGCACCCUCAUGCACUUCCUGUUCAGAAGACCUGGCUGGAGGCCUGCUUCUCUACACAGAGACAAGUCAACACCACCAAGUUCCUGCACUGCUUUAAAUGAUGUAUCUCUUCAGUACUAUAACACGCAGGAGAUGUGAGCCUGCAGGAGCCACGGAUCAAUUCCUUUUGCAGUACUCCCUUUCUCCCGCUACAAUACUACUUAACAUACUCAACUGAUUACACUGAAGUAGAGAACAUUCCUUUACUCUGCUUUUUAUUUGUAUACAUGUUUAUCAAUUAUUUUAAUUUGAAAUGUAUUUUGGUAGUUGCAGGCAGCCUAGUAGUUACAGCGUUGGGCCAGUAACUGAAAGGUUGCUGGAUCGAAUCCCGGAGCUGACAAGGUAAACAUCUGUCAUUCUGCCCCUUAGCAAGGCAGUUAACCCCCUGUUCCCCAAGCUCUGAAGACAUGGGUGUCGAUUAAGGAAGCCUCCCCCCGCACCUCUCUGAUUGAGGGGUUAAAUGUGGAAGACACAUUUCAGUUGAAUGCAUUCAGUUGUACAACUGACUAGGUAUCUCCCUUUCCUUAUCAUUAGGUGUUCUCUAUAUCAGUGGUUCCCAACAUUUUUCAGAUACUGUCCCUGAGGUACCCCUAUGGCUGGGAACCAAUGCUGUUUAUCUGACCAAGUACCACUCUAAAGUGAUAUGUUAUGGAACAGAGAGGUGGGGCUUAUAGAAAAGGGGCGUGGCAUGAUGCUCCAGCUGUAGAGGUCAAUGAGGUAUAAAAGAACUGGGAACUGCUUCCAAGAUGGACAUCUGUUGUUUUUAAUGUAAUCUGCUCAUGUUGGCAUAUGCUGUUUUGUGGUCACUCCCAUCUGCUUGACAGAGCCGGUAACACCUGAUCACUAGCGCUGUGUGCACUGGCGCUAGCAGCAAUGACGUCAUCCAGAAGCAUUGCUGCUAGCGCUGUGUGCACUGGCGCUAGCAGCAAUGACGUCAUCCAGAAGCAUUGAAUGAUUAGCGCUGUGUGCACUGGCGCUAGCAGCAAUGACGUCAUCCAGA